AUGCAGUGCAGGCCCGAUUCGUCCCCAACAGCCUACCAUCAAAUCCACCGACAACUUUCUGACCACAACUUACUCCAAGCUUGUGUCAACAAGGUCCCAGGCACUCCAAACAAAUUUACACGGGAAACCGAGAGGCGAAUUCCAAAUGGCCGAGAUCGCAGGACUUGUUCUUGGAGCUGUGCCCCUAGUCAUAGCUGCCCUGGAACACUAUCAAGACAUUGUCGGUCCCAUGGUAGCAUUCGUGCGCUGGAAAGGGGAACUUUCGCAUAUAAUUCGGCGCUAGACUCAGAAUGCGCAAUAUACGACCAGAAUAUGCGCAUUCUUCUGGCCCGAACCGUGGACAAGGAGCGACUAGAACAUAUGAUCAGUGACCCUCAAAAUGUGCUUUGGGGUUUGGAAGACGUUGCUUGGGAAAUGAAAAACGAGCUUGGGCGGGCAUAUGAUCCUUGCAUGCGGCUCAUAAAAGAUAUUGGGGUUAAGCUGGAAACUGUUGCUGCCAAUCUUAAUAUCGAAGGCUCUGAAAAGAUCCAAAAAGCCGGAUUGGAAGCUGUCGUGUCCGCAAACCCUCCUCUGGCUAUUACUUCAGGCUUUCGCCGUGAGUUCUAUUUCCGAAAACGAGUGGAUUUUACUAUGAAGCAGCGAUCCAUCAACAAGACCCUGACGGAAAUGGAGGAAAGCAACGAAAAAUUACGCAGCCUACUUGAAGGGGCAGACAGCGUUAACUCUACCCAAGAUGACGAGGACCUGUUUCAAAAGACACGUACGCGGUCUGUAGCACCUCUGUCGAGCAUACGAGCGAAUGCUUUUAGGGUUCAUGGCGGCCUUCACAAACGAUGGUGUGCCGACCACGAUUGUCAUCAAGCUGGGUUACUUCUCGAGCAGCGGCUACAUCGGCGAAGGAGAGGUGCAAAGCAAAGCCAACUGAGGGACAUGGGGACGUCAGAACGCUUCGGGAUUUCUCUUUGGAGGUUCUCCGAGGCAUCUUGGCUUGACGCAGAAUUUUGUGUAGAGGGCGAGGAUUCUGCAGCCCCUAGAAAAGUUGAUAUCCCUAAAGUGAGGAUUGCUAUCGCAGGAGUUCAAACAGAUCCAAAUCCAGUGGCGAAACCUCUGGAAGUUGCACAAGAGGUCAACAACAUAUGUAUCACGAUCCAGCACGCCGUUCACCCACAAGUUGGGUUCAAGAUAGAUCCAGCGGGAAUUCUUAGGGGCUUAUAUGAGGUACAGACCCGACCUUGCUGUAUCGCUAGUGGCUUUGUCACCCUGGACGGGCUUCUCCCCGAGAUUAAGCGAAGAGAAUAUGCUGUGACGGACUUUUACUGUCUCGUAGUAACUCUAGUUUCUACCGUGCUGCAACUUGGUGAUACUCCGUGGCUCGAACAAAUUUGGAGUAGACAGAAUAUUGUCUUUCUACGGCUCCAGGACGAUGAUCAUUCGGCGGUGGACAUGAAGCACCCAUACCCUGGCAUGCCAGUAUAA